GAAAUUGAGAAGAAGAAAAAAAAAAAGUGACCGAAUUCUCCGUCGAUUGUAGCCGCCGGAAGAAAUAUCUUCUUCUUCUUCCUCUUUCGUUAAACAACGAAUUUGCUCUGAUACUAGUGUGUUUCCAGCCAUGGCGAACGCAGCAUCUGGAAUUGAUGUGCAUGAUGAUUGCAAGCUGAGAUUUCUGGAACUGAAGGCGAAAAGGACACACCGUUUCAUUGUUUACAAGAUUGAGGAGAAGCAGAAGCAAGUUGUUGUUGAGAAAGUUGGUGAACCGAUACAAACCUAAGAGGAGUUUGCAGCAUGUCUUCCAGCUGAUGAAUGCCGUUAUGCAAUUUACGACUUUGACUUUGUCACUGCUGAGAACUGCCAGAAGAGCAUGAUCUUCUUCAUCGCGUGGUGCCUAGACAUAGCGAAGGUGAGAAGCAAGAUGAUCUACGCGAGCUCUAAAGACAGGUUCAAGAGGGAACUAGACGGAAUUCAAGUAGAGCUUCAGGCAACCGAUCCAACUGAGAUGGAUCUCGAUGUUUUCAGAAGCCGUGCCAACUAAAAAGUAAAACCCAAAGAUUAUUAUCCCCUUGAAAGAUCUAUUCUCUUAUUCUGUUAUUUUUGAGUGAUGGUACUUUAUUAUGUUUUUACAUUGUGUUGUCAAGAUAUGAACCUAACAACUUCAUUCUAUCGGUGUUUCGUCAUUUGUUCAUGUUGUCUUUGGUUUCUAAAUGGUGUGUAAGGACCCCAAAUCGUCUAUUGAAGAUGAACCCUUUUGGGUAUCAUUUAUGAAAUGGAUGAUUGAAAGUUUCCCUCACAA